CUCUUCAUAUUAUAAUUUCAGUCGGGCGCGGCCAUAUUGAUUAAUCUCGUUUUCGCGGAUAGAGUGGUUUUUCUCCUUGCAAGAAGCGGUCGACGGUCUCAGAAGUGUCCCAGAGUCCCCGGUUACCGAGAGUGUGUUGUGCAGCUAGCUAAGCUCCUAGAGAUAGCCGAAGCCAAUUCCAGGUUUGCUAGAAGAAGCGUGUGCGGUACGCUAGUUUCGUUAUUCCUCGUAUUCCGUGAUUUCAGACGGAAGUGCUGAAAAAAAAGAAGAAGAAAGGGCUCUCCAGGGUGCGCCGUGCGAGUUCGGGUUCCGUUUCGUUCAGUUCUCUUCCUCGCAUUCAUUUUGUUCGGCGUUUCUAUCGCCAGAAAGUUCUCGUGGCGAGGCGUAGGGUAAAAAACCUAGUGCAGUGAGAACAGCUCCCGGAGUACGGAAUAAAAAGGCAGAAAAGCCGGAAAGCCUGCGUGGAUUUAUACCAAGGAAAGAAAAGUGCUUUUUAGUAGCGCUCGAGCAUAGUGUUCCCAUUUCUUUUUUGUCUGCAAGUGGAGCUAAGCCGGAAACUCGUCCAAAAUGUCGGAACGUGAAAACAACAUUUAUAAGGCCAAGCUGGCAGAACAGGCGGAGCGAUACGAUGAAAUGGUUGAAGCCAUGAAGAAAGUCGCUUCCCUGGAUGUCGAGCUCACAGUCGAAGAACGAAAUCUGCUGUCGGUGGCCUACAAGAACGUCAUCGGUGCACGACGCGCCUCCUGGCGGAUAAUUUCCUCGAUUGAACAGAAGGAAGAAAAUAAGGGUGUCGAGGAAAAGCUGGAGAUGAUCAAAAACUAUCGCUCCCAAGUAGAGAAGGAACUGCGCGAUAUCUGCUCCGACAUUCUUGAGGUCUUGGACAAACAUCUGAUCCCGUGCGCGACGACCGGCGAAAGUAAAGUGUUCUACUACAAAAUGAAGGGCGACUACCACCGCUAUCUGGCCGAGUUUGCCACCGGUGGUGACCGCAAGGACGCCGCCGAGAACUCGCUUGUGGCUUACAAGGCUGCCAGUGAUAUCGCGAUGACCGACCUCCCACCGACGCAUCCGAUCCGGUUGGGCUUGGCACUCAACUUUUCAGUAUUCUACUACGAAAUCCUGAACUCGCCGGAUCGUGCCUGCCGCCUAGCGAAAGCUGCAUUCGACGAUGCAAUCGCCGAGCUCGACACCCUCAGCGAGGAAAGCUACAAAGACUCUACGUUAAUCAUGCAGCUUCUCCGAGACAACCUUACAUUAUGGACAUCCGAUAUGCAGGGUGACGGCGAAGGCGAGCAGAAGGAACAAAUUCAGGAUGUUGAAGACCAGGACGUGUCGUAAUUUGUUACACAACUGGUUUAUGUGUGAAUUUAUUUUAUUAAUUAAAGCAACUAAGGUUAAGCAUUAUUAAAUAAGCUAUACAUAAGACAGCAACAAACAACAACAAAGAAAAAAAGGAGAAAAAAAUUGCAUUACACAACAGAUGAACAGAAUAUCAAGAAAACGAUAACACACACAUUCAUGUAAGAGCGUGACAAAAACCAGCCACAUUGAAAUAAUUAAAGGAGUGAAACAAAAGCAGAUACUUUUUACGAACAUUUUGAAUUGCAACAGGAGAAUUAAGAGAACCAAGAGUCGAGUCAGCAGAAUGCUAAAAUGAGAGCAAUUAAAAUAAAAACCGAAACAGAAAGAGUUAAAUGACACCAGCAAGAGUCCCUCUUGGCAUCAAAAUCAGAUCAAAAGAAAAAGCAGUAUCAGCCAACAGAAGACACAGACACACUUAGACACACAAACAAGCACUCAUCUUCACACACAUAAACACACACACAAACCUGCAAACAUUACACGAACACAUGAAUACUUACUACUAUUACAUCAAAAAACAGCGUAUUAGAGCAUAUUAAUUACUACAACUACUACUAGUAAAAAGCUAAUGAAAAUUCAGCUGAGUGGUGUAAAAAGAGAAAAAAAAUCAUCAUCCAUUAAAUGUGUAUUGUUUUUGUCAAUAUAUAUUAAUACAAAAUAAAGAAAUAAUGAAAAGUACGAAAAAAUAACAAAUGGAAAUUUAAAAGCAUAAAACGAGAAAGAGAGUAGCAAAGUCCGGGAAGAAGAGAACGAAAUGGGAAGCAAACGCUGUCGGCGCGCAGUGUCACUUCAAAUUUUUUCCGAUAAAACACACCAACUGAGCGUCAGACAGUAGUUGGCGGAAGUUGUGUGGACAGUACAGGCAUCAUUAUUUUAUGGUUGGUGUCCUGUUCGUAUCAUCCAUCCUGUAGUUGCAAGCUUCUUCAAGCUGGCCCGUCAGCCAUAUGCCAAUGACGUGCGAAGAGAACAUUCCCGAUUUUCCAACGAAAAAAAAAAACUAAAUGUUACUGCUUGUGGCAGUGUGUCGGAAAACCGUUGCGAUAAUUUGUUCGCUAUCUGUCAGUAUUCCAGUUUUUAUUCCCAGAAGAGUAUUCUUUGCGUGUGUGGAACCAUCACCAAUGGUAUUCCGACUUAAUUUGGCUGUUAGCAGUGAAGCGACACCGGCCCUGAAAACGUUUACAUGUACGCCCGUUUCUGCUCUUCUCGUUGUUCGUCCGGUUUCUAGAAUGGUAUAGCUUUGUGUUUUUUCCGCGCCGAAAAUUAUUUGAAUCCCAAUGCGCUAAAAAGUAGUGCCCCCAUCAUAGCUAAACGAGGGAAUUACUAGCAUGGUAAAAUUAAUGAUUAAAAUAGUAGUACUAUGACUAGGUGUAAAGAAUUCAAUUCGAAACUGAUACAGUAUAUGCAGAGAAAUUCUCGACCGCAGUUUUAAGAGCACGCUAGCAAGCAAACGUCUAACGAAAGUUUUCCACUGAAAGUAAGCAUCUAUCUAAUAGGUCAUUUCCAUCAAUUUUAAGUUUCGCCAUACCUCUGCCCUCUCGAUAAGAUCAUUUCACACAAUUUGUCCCUCUUUUGAUUUGACGAGACAAAAUAGCAAAAGAGUAACUAUAAAGCAGGGAAUCACGAACGUUGAAAAUUGGCCACCUAAGGAACGGCGUUUUUCUAGCCCAAAAACCAAAACAUAUUGGAUACGAACGCGGUAAAAAGGAGCACAAACAUUUUCCAUCAAAUCAAUAACACAAAAAAACUGCGUCGGUUAAAUUCCCUUCCUUAGUUAGUCAAAUUUCGAGAAUAAAAUAAAAUAUGAAAAAAUGUGAGCGAAUUUUCUACUGAAAGAUAAAUCAACCAAAAAAAAGUGAACAUACGGUUUUCCGAAAAUGAAUUAUAGUGAAAUAAACCGAAAUAGUCUAGCAAAUAGUGGAAAACAAAAUUAUUGCAUUUAUUGAGAAUACAAAAAAAUGGCGGAUUGAGAGAGAGACAGCAUACCAACCGGCGACGAAACGAACAUCCACAUAAAUAGACUAUGUUUUAACCAGCCAGGAUACAACGCGAGAGUAAGACAAGAAAAAUUGAAAUAUAUAAAUAUAUUUAAACAAAAAAAACCUUUUCUAGUAGUAGCCAUUGGAAGCAGCUUUUUAAUUGCAAUUUUCAGAUUAUGCAUUCGAGUGUGUUUCUCUCACACUCAUAGCCUACCUUGAUAUGUCCCCAGGAGCUCAUUUAAAUUUUUUACUCUAAACUGUUUUUUUUUCUUUCGUUCCUCUAUGCAAUAUUUUUUUAUUGAUCAAUUAGUACCAAACAAAGAAAAUAACCGACGUAUCAAUUUCCGAAUUAAAUUUAAGGCGGUGAAGUAACACAGAAUAAUAAUUACUAAAGAGAAAACAAGAAAACCUAUUGAUUAUUAUGAGUAGAAGCAUAAAUUUAAAGGUAAAUUAAUUAAAUAGAACCAUGCAAAACUACUUAAAAACACUAAUUAUCAACGCAAGAAGCCAAGACAGCUGAACCCAAAAUCCACACGCGCGUACAAAACAAGAGUAACUUCCACACCGAAUCAAAAAAAUAAAAAGAAAUCUCGACAUUUUCUUAAUUCUUCUAGUUUGAGUAUUGACAACGUUUGAAGGCCACCAGCAAAUUAGAGGAAACCUCAAUCCCCUUGCAUGAGAAUCGGGUUUUCGUCAUCAAAUUAGAGUGCUUACAGUAAAGCGCACCUCUUUUGUUUCCUCUCAAAUUAUAGACUAACCUUUUUUCCGGUUUCGAAUGACAAAAAGCAAGACUCUUUCGAGGCGAAACGUGCGAGCGAGAAGCUAAAGCAAAAAAAAAAUGGUUUUAAUUUGUGUUCUACUAAGUUAUACCUUCGAAAAACAACAGCUCAGCCGGAAGCAGUUGAUUUUUGAUUCAGAGCCGAAGAGAAAAUGUAAGAAUUCACACACGAACAGAUGGUAACAAAAACAAGUGAAAUACAAAAAACAGCAAACAGAAUUAAAUCAACAUUAUACACGAGACGAAAGAAACAUGGAGAAUCAAGGAGCAUUCUCAUUCUAAUGAAUAAAUUAAAUAAUUGAAACAGACAAACAAAAAA